AUGCCCCCGCCCAUCUCCUCCACUCGCUAUACACCACUGACACCCCGACCCCCACUUCUCCAUCACCUCAACCAGCUCCUCCACCUCCAUCGCAUCUCGACACUGCCGCUCCGCUUCUGCCAUCCUUACCCACUGCCACUGCCGUCCCUGCUGUUCAAACGCCUUGGUCGAGUAGGUGGCUGCUCAGGCUGCUCAGGCUCCACUCCAUCCACGCUUGCCCCUAGCGCAGCCGCGACGCUGAUAGAUAGCACACGCUACGGCGUUAGAUAG